CGGCCGACUGCUUUCUCGCAAUAUCUACCACCUAGCUUCAUGACACGUAGAUGUCUUUCUUUGGAUUCGACCAACCAAACAGUUUGGAAGACGAGAAACGCAGGUUUCUCGAGAGCGGCGGGCAAGCGGCCCAACAGGGCGACGUAGCUGUCUACACCUGGGGUGAAGAAAGCUACGACGGCCUUGGAGAUGCGUUGCAGGAAGGCGGAGAUGAGUUAAACGACGAGACUUUCGGUGUGGGCGAGGUCGGCAAAGACUUCGACUUUUCGCACCAAGCUUUGCCUACAGACGGUCCCCUCGUCGGACUAAGUCGUGCAAAACCCCGGGAGUCCUCCCCUCCACAUCAAGAAUACAGGCCGCAGCAACAGCAGCAGGCUGCUCAGCCGAACGCAUCCUCUCGUCCAGUCGAUUCACUAUGGGAAAACAAGUCUCCAUUCUCGCUACUGCCCAAGAUAUCGGGCUCGAAGGCGGCCUUUGAGCACCAUCACAUGCCUGCGCCUGCUCCGGCUCACGCGCCAUCGUCGAUGAAGUUUUCACCAUUCGACGCACUGAGCGACGCUUCCGUGUCCUCCGCUAUGCCAAAUCGCCAACAGCAGCCUGUGACUCUCAGUCUUGGCGCUAAUCAGACUCAUGGCGUCCGUACGCUCGAGGAGAUCGAGGCCGAGAUGCGUGAGGCCUUCGCCGCACAGCGCCUCCAGAGUCAGUCGCCGUCACAGCAGCAGCUCUAUGCCCAAGGUUCCGUGCGAAGUUCUUCCGCUCAACGACACGUCCCGCCGCAGUAUGCGGUCGGCAACACCCCGCCUCCACGCAUGCAUCCCCAGCAUGCACAGUCGCCGCGAUUCCAGCAGCAACAGCAACAGCAGCAGCAGAUCCACUUGCUUCAGCAGCAGCAGCAGCAAAUGCAACUUUUGGAGCUGCAAGAGCUUAGGGACAGGCAACAGCAUGCAGAACUCGAACACCUUCAAGAGCAGUUGCGCCUGGAAGAGCUUGAGCGUCAUCGCCAGCAGCAGCUUCGUGCUCAAGUCCAGCAGAACGCCCAGAUGCUGCAGCAUCAGCGGCAGGCCUCGGGUGGUACCCCGAUUGGCGAGAUGCCGUAUCGUCGCCAACCAGUCCACCCUCGCUCCGGCACGCCGUCAAGACACCAGCAACAGCAGCAAGGACAGCAUAUGGAGGUACCCUUCCAGCAGAGCAUGCAGUAUUUGCCCCGGGAGAUUCAGAUGCAGCAGCGGCUGCUUGCAGAGAUGGCUCAGGCCGAGUUUCUACACAGUUUGCAGGGCACACCAGUGCCUGAGGGCCGGAACGAGCAGGAGAUGCACGAGAUGCUCAGAGCUGAGGCGAUGCGCAAGAUCAUGGAAGCCGAGCGCAUGGAGGAGAAGCGGAAACGCAAGCUUGAGAAAAUUCGAUAUAUGUCGAGAUAUAAUGACCUUAUGACACAGUCGGACAAGGAUUUCAUCACGCGCAUCCAGGUUUCUCAGCUCGUUACUCAGGAUCCAUAUAACGAUGACUUCUAUGCGCAGGUCUAUGGCGCCCUUGUUCGACAAAAAAUGGGCCUAGACGCCCCGCAGGCACUCCUAAGGUUUGGCUCUGGAGGCGGAGUUGGGCUUGGAUUUCACCAGGUCAAGGGUGGGCGUCGUCCAAGCGCCAUGCAGAGAAUGGAAGCACAAGUCGAAAGGAUCGUGAACAACGCUAGGAUGCGCGAGAAGGAGAAGACUUCCCUGAACAGCCUUCAGGGUGCUCUCGGAAAGACAGCGGGCAGGAGUUACAAAGCUGCUCCGCGUCAGCUGCUCCAGGUGGAAGGCCCAGGAACAUCGCCAACUCUUUCUCCUGCACAUGCGCACAUCUCCAGGGUAGACACGAGAAAGGUUGCAGAUACUGAGGGUGUGGCAAAGGAGGCUGCCAGGAUCGGUGCAGAGGCUCUGAGCGGGCAUGACGAGCAAGAGCUGGUUAGGAAGGACCCUCUGCUACUCAAAGCGGCCUUGAUGAUCGUGGAGCGCUGUAUCGACAUUCUCAUGACUCUCGACGGACAGAGAGAUCACCUUCCAGAGGAAGAUGGAGAAGCACUCCAAACCUGGACGGCUGAGCACAAUCAGCUGAUCGACAACCUUUGGGACGGCCUUAGAGUGAUGGUACCGCUUGAAACGAGUAAUCCGCACCCAUUUAUCUCUAUUCUCAUGCCACUUAAGGGCAAGAAGAUGCUCCCGCGUGUCCAGCGUUAUUUUGAUAUGUCGCGUAACCUGACUGUCCUCACGCUUCUAGUCGCAUGCUUCUCACAGCUCGACGUCGUUCGCGAUUCGCACCUCAUCGACCAUCUCGAAGACAGCCCCGCGCGCAAGGAAGCCCUGAUGCAUUGGGACAACUUCUAUUUCUUGCAGACGCAUUACGUGCUGCAUGUUGCUGGAAAGUGCAGCUUGCGAAUCAUCACUGGUCUCCUCGGUUUGUUUUUGGAGAGGAACGACGUUGUGACUAUGGCACAGACGCCUGCUGGCCUAAAUAUGCUCACAAUCUUCGUGAGUCGCGCGUCGACGCUGAAGUACGAGAACGUGCCGGAUGACGAGCGUCCAACGCCUGAUGAGUUGUCUCAGUGGCAACGGAUGUUCGAUCACCUCUUCCAGCUUCUCGCGCCACACUUCGUAUUCCUCUUUCCCUCCGUGCGCCAGGCCGUCGACGCGAAUGUCACUAUCAUGAAUAUCCCUGAUAUUGACCGCAUCGAUCAGCAUACGUGGCAAUUCUUCGCAUCCGUCGGCAGCCAGAGUGCUUCUGAGCAGCAGCAGAUUCUUGUCACGUCGCUGCGCGAGCGCGUACUCGACAACAUUAGCUCCGUCGCCAAAGGCUGGAUCGUCGACGAGGAGACACGCCGCCUACGACUCGCGAACGUGAACCUCUUCCUGCGCUCCCUUGGGCUGGACAGUUCACAAAUCUCCCUGUAACCAAGCAUCCGCUUGUGGCUCCCGGGUCGUCGCACAUCACGUGUAUCGUUCUCUGUACCACAUCUCGAAAAAAUCUCUCAGCUCUCUGUAGUAAGUGUAGUAGCUAUAGUUUUACGUUUUCUAGCCUUCCUUUCCUCCAUAGGACGUUGGCAGGACCUCAAUGUAGCGCCCGCAAAGCAAAAUACCCAUUU